GCUUCCCUGCCACCAUCCAAUAAUACGCCACUAAACUCCACCUUCUUACUACCAAAUCUCAAGCUAAAUUCUAUUGCCUUCUAAAGGCAAAAUUCUUGAAAAGUGAAAACCCCUUUAUUGAGGAAACAAGAAGGCGGAAAAAGAAAAUUCUUGAACCCUCACCUAAUCUUCAAUGGCAGCUCUUCAACUGCACCUUUACUUCCUUCACUCUGCUCACACCCCAAAAGGGCCAAAACUGCUCCAUUUCAAGAAUUCCGUUUCACUUUCGUAUUCAAGAAAGCUUUUAUUUCACAAGAGAAUAUCUGGGUUCUUGGACUCAAGCUAUUUUAGAGCGAACUCCGUUAACGGGCCCCACUUGUUGUGUUGCUUUAGCAAGGGAAAUGCAGAAAAUGAGACCCUUUUAGCUAAAGAGCAGGAGUCUGAACGUGAAAAUGAAAGGCCUCCUUUUGAUAUCAACUUGGCUGUUAUUCUUGCUGGCUUUGCUUUUGAAGCUUAUUAUACUCCACCUGAAAAUAUUGGAAAGCGUGAGGUGGACGGAGCAAAUUGUCAGACAGUUUUUCUUUCAAAGUCUUUUAUGCGAGAGAUUUAUGAUGGUCAGUUGUUCAUAAAGCUAAAGAAGGGGAUCAACCUUCCUGCUAUGGAUCCAUGGGGAACAAGUGAUCCAUAUGUGGUCAUUCAACUGGAUAGUCAGGUUGUAAAAAGUAAGACAAAAUGGGGGACUAAAGAACCAACCUGGAAUGAGGAAUUUGCUCUAAAUAUCAAGCAGUUGCCAAACCAGAUACUUCAGAUCGCAGCUUGGGAUGCAAAUAUUGUGACUCCUCACAAGCGCAUGGGAAAUUCUGGCAUUAAUUUGGACUCACUCUUUGAUGGAGAUCUGCAUGAGGUGAUGAUUGAUUUGGAAGGAAUGGGAGGUGGUGGACAGAUAGAACUUGAGAUUAGGUACAAAAGUUUUGAGAAAAUUGAUGAGGAAAAGCAAUGGUGGAGGAUCCCCAUUGUCACUGAGUUUCUUGAGAAAUAUGGAAUUGAAAAUGCUGUGAAAAAAGUUUUUGGCUCUGAGACUGUGCAAGCCCGCCAGUUUGUGGAAUUUGCUUUUGGUCAGAUAAAGUCACUGAACAAUGAGUACCUUCCUAAUAAUUGGUUUUCAAACAGCAGAGUUGGCAACAGAUAUAUUAGUGAUCCUUCUGCAGAGUCAGACAUGACUCCUCAACCGGAGAGCCAUUCAGAGUUUUCUUCAAAUGAUAGAACUGACGAGGUAGUUGAAAAUGAAACAGGAAAUAAUACAGAAAAUAGUGGUGUGGAUGAUGGCAAGAACUCUUUAACCAUCGAUCAAGUUGGCGAGACCUUAGAAUCAGAUAAACAAUUCUGGCACAAACUUACUGAAACAGUCAAUCAGAAUGUUGUUCAGAAACUUGGUCUCCCUGCUCCCAACAUAAUAAGAUGGGAUACAUUUGAUUUAUUAAACAAAAUUGGUUUACAAUCACGAAAAAUUGCAGAGGCAGGUUAUAUUGAAUCUGGACUUGCCACUCCUGAAAAUCUGGAAAGUGGUAAUGGUGAUGCAAACACUGGACCAAUUUCUCCAGACACCGAUCAGUCAUCUUUUUCAAAUAUGAAGAAGGUGACUCAAGAUUUGUUACAACAAACUGAUGCUGUAUUGGGAGCAUUAAUGGUUCUUAAUGCCACAGUUUCUGAAAUAAGUAAAAGGUCAGGCUUGCUAGGAAAACAAGAUGACAAAACAGAUGCUUCAACAGAAUCUAGUGAACCAUCUGCAAGUCCACCAGAUGGAUUAGUGUUGGAUGAGGAGAAAGCUGAGGAGAUGAGGGCACUUUUUUCAACAGCAGAGAGUGCAAUGGAGGCUUGGGCAAUGCUGGCCACUUCGUUGGGUCACCCAAGCUUUAUCAAGUCUGAAUUUGAAAAAAUAUGUUUCUUGGAUAACCCAUCAACAGACACACAGGUAGCACUUUGGCGUGAUUCAGCUAGGAAAAGAUUAGUUGUUGCCUUCAGGGGAACAGAACAAGCUAGAUGGAAGGACCUCCGGACAGAUUUAAUGCUUGUUCCUGCAGGGUUAAAUCCUGAAAGGAUUGGUGGUGAUUCCCGGCAAGAACUACAAGUUCACAGUGGCUUCUUGAGUGCAUAUGAUUCAGUUCGGACAAGGAUCCUUAGACUCAUCAAACAGGUGGUUGGUUAUAAUGAUGAUGAUUUUCAGCCACUAUCUAAAUGGCAUGUCUAUGUGACUGGUCAUAGUUUGGGUGGUGCACUAGCUACCCUACUAGCUCUGGAACUGUCAUCUAGUCAACUAGCAAAGCAUGGUGCUAUUUGUGUCACAAUGUACAAUUUUGGAUCUCCUAGAGUUGGAAACAAAAAAUUUGCCGAAGUUUACAACAAGAAAGUCAAAGAUAGCUGGAGAGUAGUAAAUCACAGGGAUAUAAUUCCUACAGUUCCACGUUUGAUGGGCUACUGCCACGUGGCUCAACCUGUCUAUUUGGCUGCUGGAGAUUUAGAAAAUGCAUUGGAGAAUAUGAGUCUCAUGGCAGAUGGUUACCAGGGUGAUGUGCUUGGAGAAUCCACACCAGAUGUUAUUGUCAAUGAAUUUAUGAAAGGUGAAAGAGAGCUCAUUGAGAAAAUCCUGAACACAGAAAUAAAUAUAUUUCUCUCAAUUAGAGAUGGCAGUGCUCUUAUGCAGCACAUGGAGGAUUUCUAUUACGUUACUUUGCUGGAGAAUGUCAAAUCGAACUACCAAACUGUUGCAACAUCACAAUCUAAUGAAGAGAAGAGUGUAUCAAUUAGUUAAAAUCUGAGAUUAUUGUAGCUACUGAAGAUAUGUUAUGCUUGCUCUCACUAGUAGCCCUGGGACCGAGGAAGUUAAGUUGUCUUGUACAACCGCUACAUGAGAAGAAGCAAAUGCUCCUAGAGAAUUUCACUCUUUGGAGUUCUUGUAUUUGCUCAUUUAUUAUCAAGAUAAUACUCCAGCAUGCAAAAACAUCAGGACAGGCAUCGACAUGUAAAUCAAAUUUUUUUUGGUUAAAGAAUCUCUCAGCAUUUGCACAGAAAA